UUACAGCUGAUUUUAAUGACUAAAUAUGGCUCCGUUCUUGAAUCAGUUGAGAUAUAAAGGUCAGUCAUGAAUAUGGAAGCCUGUUACAGUUCUUUGUAUUAUCUAUUAACUAUUGUCAACGUCUUUAUUUUGAUUUUCAUGUCAAAAAUACAUAAUAAAUGAAAAAAUAAAAAAGCAAGAUCACAUCCUAAAAGUAGAGUCAAAAUAUAUAAACAGCAACAAAAUCAAUUUCUAACCUCAAAAAUCAGAAAUGAAAAAAGUAAUUAGAGAAUAAUAAUCAUCCCAAAAAAACAGGACAAAGAUAUAAAAGAAUAGCCUCCAAAAUUAAGAUUCCAACCAUUAUUUACCUUAUAAUGAAGGGAUUUUUUGACCCUCUUCGCUGGCAAAAAUUAGCAUUAACAUCCCCUAUACCCCCUCUCUCAAAUUUAGAAGAGCCUUAUCUUUUACAUAAACACAUAAACGUCUCUAUUUCUUAAUUUUUGGCUCUUCUCGAAGGAUUACAACGUAUUGUAAUUCAUCACAAAUAUGCUAAGCUUCAAUAGAAUUCUUCUCCUUGUCAUUGCCAUCUUUUGCCUUGUCCUCUCACAUGAGUGGGAAGUCUGCAAUGCAAAGCUUCAUCACCAUCACCACCACCACCACCACCACCACCACCACCACCACCACCGUCGUCAUCAUCUUCAACAUCGCAUCUUUUUGGGUGCAAAAAUAGAUUGCAAGGAAAGGUGUCAUACAAGGUGCAGUGUGGCAUCAAGAUACAGAAUAUGCCUAAGAGCAUGUAACACUUGCUGCCAACGUUGCAAUUGCGUGCCACCAGGAACGUCUGGCAACGCUAACUCUUGUCCUUGCUGGGCUAAUAUGACCACCAAAGGAGGCCGCAAGAAGUGCCCUUGAAUCUUCUAAGGACUUUGCUUGUUAACAUUUGUCCACAACUAAACACAAUGCAUUCAUCAUCAAUUAUUUUGAGCUUCACACUUCAUAUUUUUGUGGUAGAUUUUGUCACAUUUAAUCUUUUAUUAGUGCAUGUGUGUUGUAAGUUGCAUUUGAGAGAUGAUGAACUGAGAAUUAGGGGUUAUAUUAUUUCUAAAUUUAAUCUCCACUUUUAUUUUACUUCUUGCCCAGACAUCAGAAUCGGAGAAUA